AAAUAAUGUUUAAAUCUUGUACUAAAUAAUGUCUUAAAAUGGGUUGCUUUGUUUGUUGUUGGUUUUUGUUAUUGUUAUUGUUGUUGUUGUGUGUGUGUGUUGUUUUUGUUGUUUUUUUAUUUAUUUAUUUUGUUGUUGUUGUUUUUGUUUUUAUGGGGGGCGGGGGUAUUUUUACCUCUGAUGAAAAUUGGCAUAUUUUAACAAAUAUGUUAGAAUGUGAAGUGUUGUAUCAUUUUAGUUAAGGAACAAUGUAAAUAUUUGUCCAUUUUAGGUGAAAGACCAGUUAAAAAGGUGGAAAGACUAUAGCCUAUUUCUCCAACCAAACCUGUAGCCCGAACAGCGUACCGGUUUACAGGAAAAGACUUAAUACAUGCUUUUGGCAGCUAAUUGGAUUUUAUGUGUUUAUUGGAUUCCGACACAAUGCCAUAAGAUAACUGGUAGGAGGGGAGUGAUUUUGAUAAUUGGACAAGGAACGGUUUAAGAAAUGGAAGUACUGAAUAAAUUGAAGGAGGACCUUGCUCGUUUUCCUUCAUUGUUUGACUGCGAAGGUGAUAUAGAAAAGGCUGUUCGUAACAAAAAAUCCAACAUUUUGAGUGUAACUGCAAGACUCGAGCUCGAGUUAACGGAUGAAAAUGACAUGUAUAGUAAAACAUUAUUUUGUCGCACUCAUAAUUUGCUGACUUUUCUCUAUGUUCUACUUGAGGACUAUGAAAAAGCGACUGAACAUCUUCGUGAGAGUGAAAAAGUAGAAUUAAGCCUAAUUGCAAUCUCAAAUCGAGCUUACAUGAAUUUAAAACGUCAGGAAAACAUACUGAACAUUAAAGCUGACAUACAAUUACUAGAAGAAAAAUACAAGAUAAAAGAAAUGGUUCUUGUUGCAAAGGCGGAAAAAGGACAUGCAUUCACAAGAUUUGGAAUGCAACUCUAUGAAAAAGCAGUAGCAUUUUUUUCCGAAGUGUUAAAGGAAUCACAGCCUUUGCAAACUGAAUCCAGCUGUCUUAGAUGGAAGGAAAACAUAUGUGUUUGGUCAUUCAGCUUAGCGAUGACAAAGAAAAGAAUGUCACAUAUGACAAAUAACUUGGACGCAUGCAAGCUUCCUGUAGAGAACUAUAAAGAAAUUUUCAAACUUUACCAGAACAUCGUGAAUACAGACGGAGCCGCAGAGAGUCCUAACCUAAAAACAGCUAAAGGGCGUGCUUUGGCAGAAAUUGGACUUUUGGCGCAAUGUGUCGAAAGAAAUAAAUCAGAUUUCAAAAGAGGACUAAAGGAUUUUUUUCCAGCAAAAAAGACAUCUUCUGUUGAUUUUAUUGAUAGAGCUGUUGCUCUGAGCAAAUCCGAUGCUUUUGUUCUACAGAGAUGCGGAAAAUAUUAUCGAUAUAUUAGUAAUCAACAAGUCAGCUAUUUGCGCAUAUCCAUAGACCUUUUACAACGAGCAGUUGCAAUAAAGCCAACAAGCUAUGCUUGCCAUCACUUAGCCUUGUCAUUAAUGCGUGACCUUGAGAUGGAGAGUAACAGGCCUGGAUCAGCAAUAUCCACGAAAAAUGAUCAUGUGAGACGACUUGAUUUUCAUCCUACACAUGGUCAAAGUUUAGGCACUCUGGUAACUGCACACUCUUACCCACAAGGAACGCCGGGAAAGACUUACGAUUCUGGUCUGGGGAUCUAUUCUGGAGAUAACCCGCGUUGCCCUUUUAAAGAGAAAAUAAUUGCACAACAAAGCAGUGCGGAAACUACAAACUCUAAUCAACAAGGAGCUUCGGGAAUGAAUAAUGAGCCUGGAUACUCUCUGCCGUCCGAAUUUAGAAAUAUGUCUUUAGAAUCACCUGGGUCAAAUUCCAGAGUUAGUCUGCGCUGUUCGUUUCAAGAGAGAACAAACAGGCCACAAAGCGGUAUGGAUCAUCAAACACUGGAAAGUGAAACUUUUGAUAGACAUGAUUCUCAGAACAAAAUGAAAUAUCGAGGAGUUCAUGGUGAACACCUUAGCAGCUCAUCUUUGCAGAAAAAUUCAACCCAACACACGAUUCGAAAAAAACAGUUUGGCAGAUAUCCUGAUCAUAAUUAUGAAUAUCAAAAUUUGCAAUCUGAACAAUAUGGCAGAUAUGAUACACGAAAUAACUACCGUGGUUACAGAGGGCAAAUAUCCCAAAGAUACAACAGGAGUUUUUCUGAGGGUCAGCAAUACGAUCGUGGAAGAGGUUUUCACUGCAAUUCGAGACAAAGAUAUUUUCGGAGUAGAUCAAUGGUAGAGAAAACCUAUUUGGAGCCACCAAGAGAGAAAGUGCGUAUUAUGCAAAUGAUAAAAAGCCCCCAAAAGCCUCCACAUAUAAACCCGGAGGUAUCACCUGUCCAGGCAGCCGAUAUUCAUAUCCUAUUGGACAAAGCUAUUAAAAUGGAUAAUGUGGCAGCGCUCUACGACAAAGGAUUAUACCAUAGACAACUGGGUGACGCCAGCAAAGCUCUGGAUGCAUUUAAGACCAUGUUUAACAACAAACGAUGUUCUUUGGUUCUGCUUUCAAAUGCAUACGAGCAAGCAGCACUUUGUAUUGCCGAAAAAUUAGAAUCAUCAGAUACGACGGACACAGAAUUGCGAAAAACUGAUAUGGUACAAUAUUUGAAAAGUUGCGUAGAAAUAUCGUGCUAUAUUGUUGCCGAAAACUCUUUGCUGAAAGACUGCUGGAAAGCGGCGCCUACACUUGAACAAUUUCUUAAAAGAGAGGGCAAAACAGAACCAAAUCUUAAGGAAUUAUGUUUCCUCUACGAAAAAAUGAAAAACUACGAUGGCGCUAUUGAAAUUUUAAAAGACUUGGAAACAAUUGUCAGUGGUGAAGGUGAGAAAAUUGACAUUAUCAACAAAUUGAUUAAAAACUACUUCAUGAAAAAAGACUACAAUAGUGCCGUGCUUGAAUCUGUCAUGAUCAUGCGUUUUCCAGAUGGACACAAUAAAGUGGAUGAAAACUUGUACUUACAAGUUCACAUUGAGGGUGCGUUUCAUGCUUUGACAAAGGGUGAAACUGAAAUGGCUCGGCUGAGAUUGCGAAACGCUUUGGAUUUCAACUUGCAAUCAUUAUCAAACACUGGGGCACAAAAUCUCGAAGACGAAUGCACAAGUGAUGAAUAUGACAUUUUCGUACUUUGCGAAACGGAGGAAACAGAAUCAAGACGAUUUUUCAUUGGCAUUUUAAAAAGCAUGGGGUUGUCUGUGACAUUAAAUGUAGAUGACCUUCUUCCGGGCAGGAAUGUUCACGCCGGUUUAACUCGUUUUAUGAAAUCUUCGAAGCAUUACAUAACCUUGUUGAGUUCUGACCAACCUACUCCCGAAUUAAAACAUCGCUAUAGCAUGUUGCGGGGAGUUCUCGAAGAAAAGGAAACUGGAAGCUUGAUUGUGAUAACAACAAACUCUGAUGUUCAUGUUCCGACAUCGUUCAAGACAGUGCCUCAACUUACGUUGAGCUUUGAAGAACUGUUUGAAGAAGGUGAGAGUAUUAGUAUACAAGACAUAUUGUCAAGUGUUCCAAUUAGACAAUGUUUUAAAGACAUUUUCAUGAAGUUGUCGGAAAAACCAUCAUGAGUGGUCGUGUCAAUUGUUUGAAGUACGGUUUCCUAUAAAUAAUAUUUAUGCUAACUGCUCUGACUGCAAUAGGAAACAAUCGUGUUUGGAUGUCAGAAGAUUUUUAAUGUUACCAGUCAUAUCAUGAGCAUGCAUGUCUUUCAUUGUAUGUUUCAGUUUAGACUAUCUAUACAACCAUCGUCACAUGACUAAGAAAGUUAAUAAUUCAAUUUGAUGACUUAUUUUGUAAAUCUUUGUUUCUGUAAAUAGUGUACUACAUUAUAUAACAUAUUAUAAAGGAAUUUUUUGACUUCUUGCAAGUUUUCUCCAGGGUGAAAGUGUACCAGUGGUUAAGUGUCCGCCUCUCAACGAAGAGUUUGUAAGAUCGUACCCCCCGGCGGGACUUUCUUAUGGCCUCUCAAAAUUGACACCAGUACUGGUUUAUAUUAUUGAAUGAGAUGAGAUAGCAGCCUUUGUAAAAAUCGAGCGAAACGAAAUUGGUAUAAAAUUUUCAAUGAUAUCUUUUUGCUGUAUAUUGCAGUUGAUUAUGUAUUUAUAUUGCAAUGAUGUUUAUUUUUGCUCAAUAAAAUAUGUUAAACUAAUAGAUGUUUAAUGAAUUAGACUUUUCAACAAGGAUCAAUAAGUCACAAUCUUUUACUAGAGUGUGUUAAAAGAUUUACCUCAAAGAAUUAAUGCAUCUCCUAAAUCAAUUUAAAU